AUCUAACAGCGCUUGCAUCAGCGUGGACAGCAUACGCCGGCAAAGUUAGUCCCAGAGUCAUCUUCUCAUUCAGAGAGAAAUAAAAACAGACACAACAAACCCCGAGAAGAGUUUAAUAACAAGAAGAGCUGCCACCGCCAUGAUGGAGCUGUUUGUUAGUGAAGGCAACCCGCAUUGUCUGAAGGUGUUAGCCGCUCUGGAAGUGACAGGAGUUCAAUGCGGCGUUCAUUUUAUCAACCACGAAGAGAAAGUGGUGCCUUUUCUCAGCCGUCCAGCUUUGCCCGCCCUUCUCCUGCCAAGCAAACAGCACAUUUUCAGCUCCAACACUAUCUGCAGAUAUCUGUUUGAGUUAAAUGGACCAGAAUCCAGUGACCAGUGCAACCAAUGGCUUGAGUGGGAAGCCACGGUUCUUCAGCCUGCACUGCUACGGGCUCUUCACAUGGCCGUGCUUCAGGGAAAAGGAUCAGAGGUGUCCAAGGUCCUUCAGAGUCCUCUAAAUGUCUUGGACCAAAGCCUUGGCAAGGGAAACAUGUCAUAUUUAACUGGGAAAGAUGUUUCAGUUGCUGAUAUUGUAUUAUGGGGUGCACUACACCCUGUUUUAUUCAACUCAUCUCUGGCUUUGAGCGAUCAUAAGUUUGUGAAGGCCUGGUUUGACCGUGUUGCUGCCAUGAGUGGUUGUCAGUCUGCGGCUCAAAAAGUGCUGCAGGGAAAAGGCCUGGAGGCCAUGAAGAGCUACAUGCAGAGACAGCCUGCACCUCAGAGCAGAGACACACAGCCAUGCAACAGCAGCCCUGUUGAGAGUGAAGAAGGUGAGCGUGUUGUUUCAGAGGAGGAAAUGGAAGCGGCAGCUCUGACCUGGAGGAAGGAUAUAAACGCCUGCUCUCAGACAACAGAAAAACAACAUCCAAUUAUGCCAAAGGAGGGCAUGAGGAACGUCCUGAUCACCAGCGCCUUGCCAUAUGUCAACAAUGUUCCCCACCUGGGUAACAUCAUUGGCUGUGUCCUCAGUGCAGAUGUCUUCUCCAGGUAUGGCCGCCUGCGGGGUUGGAAUGUGUUGUUUGUCUGUGGCACAGACGAGUAUGGAACAGCUACCGAGAACAAGGCCAGAGAGGAGGGACUGACGCCGAAGCAGAUAUGUGACAAGUACCAUGCUGUUCACUCCAGCAUCUACAGAUGGUUCCAGAUUGACUUUGACUUCUUUGGGAGAACCACCACAGAGAAGCAGACAGAGAUCGCUCAGGAUAUUUUCUGGCGACUCCAGAAAAAUGGGUUCCUUGUAGAAGACACGGUGGAGCAGCUUCGCUGUGAAAACUGUCAACGGUUCCUGGCUGACCGCUUCGUAGAGGGUAUAUGUCCCCACUGCAGUUAUCCAGAGGCUCGAGGCGAUCAGUGUGACAAGUGUGGGCGGCUCAUCAACGCCGUGGAGCUUAGGGAACCUCAGUGUAAAGUCUGCAAGCAGACUCCAGUAAUCCGCUCUUCCAAGCAUCUUUUCUUGGACCUGCCAAAGCUUGAAACUCAACUGGAGCAGUGGUUGGAGAAAUCAACCAGCUCAGGAGACUGGACAGCAAACGCCAAACAAAUAACUCGCUCCUGGCUAAGAGAUGGACUCAAGCCUCGCUGCAUCACCAGGGACUUGCAGUGGGGAACGCCAGUACCUCACCCUGACUUUAAAGAGAAGGUGUUCUACGUGUGGUUUGACGCCCCUAUUGGCUACCUGUCUAUUACUGCCAACUACACCAGCGAUUGGGAAAAGUGGUGGAAAAAUCCGCAUCAGGUGGAGCUGUAUAACUUUAUGGCAAAGGACAAUGUGCCAUUCCACAGUGUGGUGUUUCCCUGCUCCCUUCUGGGAGCCCAGGACAACUACACUCUGGUUAACCAUCUAGUUGCCACUGAAUAUCUUAAUUACGAGGACACCAAGUUCUCUAAGAGCAGGGGUGUUGGUGUGUUUGGAGACAUGGCAAAGGACACGGGCAUCCCCUCAGAUGUAUGGCGUUUCUACCUGCUGUACGUCCGUCCAGAAGGACAAGAUUCAGCUUUUUCUUGGGCUGAUAUGGCUUUAAAAAACAACUCUGAGCUGCUUAACAAUCUGGGAAACUUCAUCAACAGGGCUGGCAUGUUUGUGACCAAGUUCUUUGGAGGAUGUGUGCCUGAAAUGGAGCUACAGCAGGAAGACAAGAAGCUCCUGGCUGUGGUGGGCUGGGAGUUACAGCAAUACAUCCAGCUGAUGGACAAAGUCAAGAUCCGCGAUGCCCUGAAACACAUCCUGAACAUUUCUCGCCAUGGUAACCAAUACAUUCAAGUCAAUGAGCCUUGGAAGAAAAUAAAGGGAGGAGAGUCAGAAAGGCGGCGCGCCGGCACCGUGACGGGGGUUUCUGUGAAUAUCUCCUGCUUGCUGUCGGUGAUGCUCCUGCCUUACAUGCCAGCGGUCAGCCAGACUAUCAGGGAUCAGCUCAACGCUCCUCAGUCUUGCAUCAAUACCAUGCUGCUAGGCCCCGGCUCCUUCGUGUGCGCCCUGAGAGCGGGUCACCGCAUCGGCACCGUCAGUCCGUUAUUCCAGAAACUGGAGGCGGAUCAGAUCGAAGCUUUGAAGAAGAGGUUUGGUGGACAGCAGCCAGAAGACGAACCAUCUAAUAAGAAGAUCACUGCCAGCAGUCAGCAGCCCGCUGUUGUUCCCGCUCCUCCCGCUGUUGCUGAAGUAAAGACGGGGGUCGGAGCGGACCCAGAGAAGGCUAAGCAGCUUGCAAAAGCUGUAGCGGAACAGGGCGACAAGGUACGAGCGCUCAAAUCCCAGAAAGCAGAGAAGGAUGUGAUCGCAGCAGAGGUUUCCAAACUUUUAGAUCUUAAGAAACAACUGGCUCUUGCUGAAGGGAAGAGCCCUGAACCUGCAGCUCAGAAAGGCAAGAAGAAGUAAGAAAGAAAAGCGAAAUGAAGGUUAGUCAGUGGAAGGGAGAAUGGAAACAAGAUGUACAGAUGAGGGUAUUAGCUUAAGGCUAAGCCGUAACAGGAUCUAAGACAAUGUGGUGUUGGCACCGAGGACUAAUGAAAUGCUGGAUUGGCCGGCGGGGAAAUGAAAACGCACAAAGAGACAGUCAAAUGAAUACAGAUACAGAAAGGGAGGAUUUCUCCAAAUCCCUACACCAAAAGACACUGAUUUUUAUACUCUCCCUGUGUUCAAGUCAGCAUUUGAUAUUAGAAUUUGGAGGGCAUGUUUGUAUGUAUUCAGAUGGUUUUUAUAUCCUCUGGGGGAAAAAAAUCUUUGUCCAAAUAUCCUUUUGAUUUCAUAAAAUAAACUGAUAAAG